AUGACAACCUACCAAAUAGUUACCCCAGACGAGUACACGUCUAGAGGAGUAGGGGUUAUGCUCCCAAUAACUUUCAAUUGUACCGGUGGUGGUGGUAGUGGUGGGGUUUGCGGUGGUGGUGGUUACAAUGAUGGUUGUAUCGGUGACGGUGGUGGUGACAGCAGCGGUGGCAGUGGCGACGGUGGUGGGGACAGUGGCGGUCACGAUGACGGUGGCGGCGGUGGUGGUGGAGGUGGUGUAGUUGGUGGUGGUGGUGGCGACGGCGGUGGUGGUAGCAACGGUUGUGGUGAUGGUGGCGAUAGUGUUGAUAGGUGGUCCAUGGCGGCGGCGGCGGUAAUGGUGGAUGUGGUGGUGGUGGAGGUGGAGGUGGCGGUGGUCCAUGGGGGUAGCAGCGGUUGUGGUGGUGGUGGGUUUUCUGAUAAGUAA